AGGGAUCUGGCAACACUGUUGUGCGGUUUCCCUAGUGUUAGCUAAACAACAUCACGACCUCUGAAAUCGCCAACCCCGGUCGAAUGAAUGAAUGAAGUCCGGACACAGGUUUUAACAUGUCAAAUUUCGCCAUGAGUGCCCUGUGUCGUAUUUUCACCCGGGGGUUGCUUUGCGGCCCGUCGUCAUGUUUAUCUGCAACGGGACCUCGGGAUUUUUGCAGUGGAGUGUCGCGACUGGAAGGUGCUGGCAGUGAAAGCGUGCGAGCCGCCAGUUCUGUAAACUUGACCUACGAUGUGUUUGAUGGAAAGGUAGACAGCACGCCAUUGGUGUUUCUUCAUGGCUUAUUCGGGAGCAAGUCAAACUUUCACUCCAUAGCCAAGUCCCUGGUGCAGCGGACAGGGAGGAAGGUGCUGACAGUAGAUGCUCGUAACCAUGGCAAAAGCCCACACAGUCCUGUCUUGACCUACGAAGCAAUGACUUCUGAUCUGACACAUCUGCUCGGACAGCUGCACAUUGGGAAGUGCGUCCUGAUUGGACACAGCAUGGGGGGCAAGGUUGCAAUGACGACAGCUCUAUCACAGCCUAAUUUAGUGGAAGGGUUGGUUGUUGUGGAUAUUAGUCCCUCUCAGACUUCAGCACGCACCAAUUUCCAUGCCUACAUUCAGGCAAUGAAAGAGGUGAAGAUAGCCAGUAAUAUCCCACGUUCCACUGCACGAAGACUGGCUGAAGACCAGCUCAGGAAGAUAGUUAAGGAGCGUUCAGUGCGUCAGUUCCUUCUCACUAACCUGGAAGAGCAAAAUGGUGACUAUGGCUGGAGGAUUAAUCUGGAAGCUAUCUCAAACCACCUAGAAGACAUCAUGGGUUUUCCUGAUUUUAAUACCACCUAUGAGGGUCCAACUCUUUUCUUGGGUGGCAGUAGUUCAGCCUACAUAAGCUCGGAGGAUUACCCUGAAAUCCAGCGACUUUUUCCUAGUGCUGAUAUCCAGUACAUCCCAGAUGCCAGUCACUGGAUUCAUGCUGACAAGCCUUUGGAUUUCAUCAGCUCCAUAAUCACUUUCUUACAAUCAUAGUCCUUGUCUCAGGAGAGGAUACGCACAGGUGGGCCCAAUGAUUAAGGGACAGUGAAUGAAUUGUAAGGGUAUGGACCAAGAUGACUUUUAUCGAGUUAAAUCUAGUCUCUUACCUUAUAAUGCACAAUUGUACCGUUAUAUAAUUCCUGAUAGUUAGUGUACUAAUUUUUCAAUGUGGUAUUUGCACUGUGGCUUAACAUAGUACAUUAAUUACAAUUUUAUCAAAAAGAUAAAUAGAAAUCUGGCCGUGACUUUCAAUCAAGGACAUUUGUUUGUAGCUAUUACAAAACAGCGGAUCCAGUGGCUUUUUUUUUUUUUUUUUUUUUUUUUUUUUUUUAUAUAAAGUACUUUUCCUUCACAACUUGUAUGAUAAUUGGACUAGAUUUAGAUUUUUUUUUAUAUAUUUUGAUUUCAAAAAUUUAAACUAUUUUAGCUUCAGAGCUAAAUGAUAAUUGGACAAGAUUUACCGUUUUUUUUUUCUUUCUUUUUUUUAAUAAUUUAAUUUUAAUUUAAUUAUAUUUUUAUAAGUAUAUUGUUGACAUGGACACCCUUUCUCUGUGCUCUGAUAACAAAUACAAAGAUGUCUAUGCAACAGCGUGUGACUUAUUUAACUCUUCUCAAGCUGAAAGCAUCUCUCACAGUCUCAUCUUUAGAUUCAGUAGGACCACAACACUUUGACGUACGGCCAAGAAUUGUUACUCUUUUUCUGGAAACAGAAAUUUUGAGUUGUUUGUGAAAUGUUUUAAAAAAUGAAUGCUAUAGGGCAUAAUAGCUUAGUUUCUGUUGUUUUAAAAGUGUUGAGUGUGUGUUAUAAGGUAGGUGCUUUAUCAAAACAGUUUUGUAUGGCUUUACAACAAAUGAAGAUGCUGCAAUGUAACUAAUAAGACACCUUUCAGAGCAUCACAAAUUAGUAUGCUGACAGUACUACAUUUCUGUUAUCAAGGAUAAAUUUAACUGUUUUACUAGAAAUCUUUAUUUUGGCCCUGGGUCCUCUUUUUUUCAAACCCUUUCUUCUGUAUUUAACGUAUAAUCAAUAAAUCGAUCAAAUACAUAAGCGCGUGAUAAAAAAAGCUGUUCUGGUGCUUGUUCGGCCAUUAGAUACUGCACAGUUUAUCUUUUUGGGACAUUUGCAGGUAUGUUAGUGCGAUUUAUUACAGACAAUGUGCCUACCUCUGCACAUUUUUCAUCUAAUCAUGGUAGGUUUAUCAGUUAUCAGUAGGUUUAUCACUGUUCAGUGGUCAUUCAAGUACCAAAGCAGGGGUUUAUGGGAAUGUUUUCCUCGACCAGUGGUGUGUUAACAUUGUGUGUGGCACACAUUUAAGAAUAAAUGUAGAUGUACUGUUUUGGCAGUCUUGAAUAUAAAAGCUGCUGUUAUAAGGGGAUAUUUUUGUUCAUUGUGAAAGUGUCGAUGUUUGUAAAUGACAAGUAUUUUGUAUAUCCAUAUACAUUACUGGUUAUAUAAAUGUAUACUAUAUUACAUAAUAUAUUUAUGACUUACGAUAAAUCAAGAAAUAUGCUGCAAAUUGACAUAUUCUAAAUGUCAGUGUGUAUUCUCUCAUGUCACAUAAUAAUUGUAUUGAAUGUUAGUGGUGGAACACUAGAAUUAUAGCACUGCCGUUGCUUGUUACGUCUUCAGACACAGUUUGUUGUGUUUCUGUGUUUACACAGAACUGUAUCUUUCAGAAUAUGCUUUUCAAAACUAAAGUUUACUGCCAGUGAUUAUCAGCAGUGCUAGUGUAAUGUCUUUUGCCAGCUACUUUACCCUGCUAGAUAUAAACAGUCAGUGAUUGGUUCAGACAUAAAAGAUUAUGUCUGAGCUUUUAGCAAUUCAGCUAGAUCAACGGAUGUCAUUGAAAAAUUAACAUUGAGAAUACAGUGCAUUUUCCCUCCUUAUGAAACAGCUCUUUGAUUUAAAGAAUGUACAUGUAUGCAAUACUAAAAGACCAAUCAGUUGAGAACAUAAUGCACAGAUAUUUGGAUUUUUUAACAAUAUAGUAUCUGCUUAGCUUAUUCACAAAAUACAACUAAAUAUUUAGAGACAGAGGGAGAGAGAGUUUAUCUUGGUACUUACAGUACUUGAUAUAUUUUCAUUGUACGUAAUGUAUCCUUGUACUAAAUUAGAGAGUCAAACCUAUUGUUGCUUCAUGCAUUACUGUAUAUUGUUUGUUUGAAAGUGGAGAUGACUAAAUGUAUUGUUACUAUUUAAUACAUAGUGAUACUGGUUCUUUGUUUUAUUGAUCUAAUGUGUCAGUAAUGACAGGUCAUGAAAGAGUGUGUGGUUGUGCAGGAGUAACAGUAUGAGUCAAUGUUGAGCAGUUUGUAUGGGUGUAUUGCCUUUGCAUGCAAGAGUGUAUCUGUGCGCAGAUGUGUUACUACUAAAUAAAUGUACAAGUCUUAAACCUG